GUUCGGUUUUCACGGAACGGAGGCAUGACAAUUUCUAGCUGGAUUUCUUCUUUAUGUUAUAUAAAUUUUGAUUAGCUGUAACGAUUUCAAGUCUAUUCGUGGACAAACAAACAAGCUCGGGUUUGGUUUGUAAUACAUAGGUAUUACCGUGAAAUUUGGGUUGGUGGAGGGGUUUUAGGCUGGCUCCAGCAAGGACCCCUAAAGGGUCCUCUACCCUAAAUAUAGAGGACCAAACGGUCCUCUAUGCUCUCUAGCAGCGUCCUCUAAACUGUCUUUUAAAUUUAGAGGACGCUACUGGAUUUUCUAUAUAUAGAGUUUCUUUAAACAGUUCUCUAUACAUUUGAAUACUUUAAAUAACCGGUUUAGCAAAACUAAAAUAUGCACAAUACAUUUGAGAGUAUGACAAAUACAUAUGUAUAAAAAAUAAAAAUAAAAAAUGUCUCUAAUAUAUGUAUUUGAGUAUAGAGGACGUAAUUUAGAGGAUAUUGUUGGAGAGAAAAGAGAUAUAGAGAAUAAAAUCUUUUAGAGAAGAUUGUAAAGGACGGAUAUAGAGAAUUAAUAUAGAGAACGUUGCUGGAUACAGCCUUAGCAGCGAUAGAAUCUGGUCAAGCACGUCUCUAUUUAGCCCACGUACAGCCCACGAAACAGCCACAGCCCACGGUGUAACCUUGAUAUUUAAGAAGCAGCAGCAUUGCCGCAUCCACAUCCCCGUCCCUGGUGGUCGCCCCUCCUGGAGCUCGCCGCCACCAUCUCGAUUUUGUUUUCCCGACCACAGCGCCACCGCCCAACGCUAACCUGCCGCUCCACGAGUCUCGACAAAUUAUCGACGCGACUGGCACCCCUCCCCCUCCACUGGUGAUUGUCGCCGUCAGCAUCUUCCUCCGGUCCUCCCAAGAGCAAGCCUUCUAGAAGUUAAAGAAGCAGCCAGAACCAUGACAUCCCGUUUCUGGGGACAGGGGGACAGUGAGUCUGAGGAAGAGGAGGAAGAAGUUGAGUCAGAACAGGGCAGCGAUAAUGAUGAUGAUGGAGGUCAUGGUGGUGCGGGACGCGGUGCCCAAAACCGAUAUUUGAAGAAUCAAGAAGAUGACAGCGAUGAGUCUGACACAGGUCACCGUGAGAUCCGCUCCCUGAGGGACAAGCACAAUGAGGAGAUGAGAUCUAUUGUUGAUCAGAUGCGUAAUGCAAUGAAGAUCAAUGACUGGGUGAGCUUGCAGGAGAGUUUUGAGAAGCUUAACAAAAAUCUUGAGAAGGUUGUUCGUGUCAAUGAAUCUACUAAGGUACCAAAAAUGUAUAUCAAAGCUCUUGUGUUGCUGGAGGACUUCAAGGCUGAAGCCCCUGCAAACAAGGAGGCCAAGGAGAAGAUGAGCAGCAGCAAUUCAAAGGCACUCAAUAAGAUGAGCCAAAAACUCACGAAGAACAACAAGCAAUAUAAAGAGCAGAUCCAGAAGUGCAGGGAGCAUCCAGAGAGUUUUGAAGAUGAAGCUGCGGAUGAUAAAGAUAUGGAUGAUGAUGAUGUUGAUGAAAGUGAUGCAGAGAUCGAAGAUCCUGAUAAAAUAGCUAUGUCAGAAUCAGAAGAGGAUCACGAUGAAGAGGAUGGCGACAAGGAGGGUUGGGAACAGAAAAGGAGUAAGAAGGAUAAGAUGAUGGAUAAGCAGUUCUUGAAAGAUCCAAGUGAAAUCACAUGGGAUAUUGUCGAUAAGAAACUCAGAGAGAUUAUAGCAUCAAGGGGAAAGAAAGGUACUGGAAGGAUCGAGCGUGUUGAGCAGUUAACGUUUUUAACCCGUGUGGCCAAAACACCAGCUCAGAAGCUUGAAACCCUCUUCCAUGUGAUUUCUGCGCAGUUUGAUGUUAACCCUAGUCUACUUGGGCAUAUGCCAGUCAAUGUGUGGAAGAAGUGUGUCAAUAAUAUGCUUCUUGUGCUUGACAUACUCCAGCAGUAUCCUAACAUUGUAGUAGACACCUCAUUUGAGCCUGAUGAGAAAGAAACUCAAAAGGGUGCAGACUACAAUGGAACAAUACAUAUUGUCGGUGACCUGGUUGCAUUCCUUGAGAGACUGGACUCUGAAUUUUUGAAGACCUUACAGUGCACAGAUCCGUACACAAAAGAUUAUGUUCAGAGGCUUAGAGAGGAACCCCUGUUUCUGGUUGUCGCACAGAAUGUCCAAGAUUAUCUUGAAAGGGUUGGAAACCUCAAAGCUGCUGCCAAGGUUGCACUGCGUCGUGUUGAACUGGUUUACUAUAAACCCCAAGAAGUGUAUGAUGCAAUGAGAAAACUUGCAGAGCAGCCUGAAGACUGUGUGGAUGAUGAUGAUGCAGAGGCUGGUGAUGAACAUCAAGCAGUAGAUGACAAUAGAGGACCAUCACCAUUUGUUGCAAUUCCAGAGGUUGUGCACCGGAAGCCUACUUUUCCAGAGAGUGGUAGAACUUUGAUGGAUGGAUUGAUGUCCUUAAUUUACAAGUAUGGAGAUGAAAGGACCAAAGCCCGUGCAAUGCUGUGUGACAUAUAUCACCAUGCGAUCUCUGAUGAGUUUUCAGUGGCUCGUGACUUGCUUUUAAUGAGUCAUUUGCAAGAUGGUGUUCAGCUCAUGGACAUAUCAUCACAGAUUUUAUUCAAUAGAGUCAUGGCCCAGUUAGGGCUGUGUGCUUUCAGGGCUGGUUUGAUAAAUGAAGCCCAUGGUUGCUUGACUGAGCUCUACUUUACAGGGAGGGUGAAAGAAUUGCUUGCACAAGGUGUGCAACAAAGCAGAUACCAUGAAAAAACUCCUGAACAGGAAAGACUUGAGAGGAGGAGGCAAAUGCCUUACCAUAUGCAUAUAAACCUGGAGCUUUUGGAAGCCACACACUUGAUCUGUGCGAUGCUGAUUGAAGUCCCCAAUAUGGCUGCCAGCACCUAUGACAAGCGGAGGCCUAUGAGCAAAACAUUCCGAAGGCUUCUCGAAGUGAGUGAAAGGCAGACAUUUGUUGGGCCGCCUGAGAAUGUGAGGGACCAUGUAAUGGCUGCCACAAGAGCCCUCAAAAAGGGUGAUCACCAAAAGGCUUUCAGUGUCAUAAAUUCGCUGGAGAUUUGGAAGCUUUUGAGGAACAGAGAGCAUGUUCUUGAGAUGUUGAAGCUUAAGAUCAAGGAGGAAGCUCUUAGAACCUAUCUUUCAUCAUACUCGUCUUCCUACAAGUCGUUGAGCCUUAACCAGCUCACCACCAUGUUUGAUCUCAGCGAGCAGCAUGCCCACAGUAUUGUUAGCAAAAUGAUGAUGCAUGAAGAGCUUCAGGCUAGCUGGCACCAGCCAACAAAGUGCACCGUGUUUCACAGCCUGGAUCAAACCAGGCUUCAGGAGCUACUCUUCCAGGUUGCAGAAAAAAUAUCGGUCCUGGUGGAGACAAACGAGAGGGCAUACGAGUUAAGAACUGGUGGUACUCUUGAGGGGCUACCGCCCAGGCGCAGGGGCGAGGCUCAGGAUUCAUCCAAGUGGCAGGAGAGCUUUGUCGCAUCACAGGGGCGGCAGGGUGGUGGCAACCGGUUUGGAUACUCCGGUAGAGGUGCAGCAUCUGGUCAAAGUGGUGGACUCCAGAGGGGCAGGGGCAAUCAUGUUUCCCGCGGGGGAUACGGUGGCAAUACACGAUUUCAGGAUGCAAGUGCACACAUGGUGAACCUGAACAGGGUUGGUAGGGUUGUUAGUGUUUAGAAGUGCGUAAAUUUUUGAAGCACCUGCCCUUUCCAUAAUUACAAACUUCCUGUUCUAAGCUCAGUCAUCCAACUAUUUUCUCUAUUUCGUUGUAAGAGUUUGGUACUGUCGGGGUUUGAUUAGUGAUAGAUCCGGCUAUCAAAAUUUUGGUCUUUUUUCUUCGACUAUGAACAAAUAAUAUAUAGAAUUUUCUAUGUAAAUUUAUAUUCUUGUUUUUAGCAUUGAGGAUAUUAAUCUUCAUAAAAAUAAA